AUGGAAACUAUUGAUGCUGAUGACCAGGCUGUUGAAGCCAUCUUAUGUAUUGAGCGUAGUCGUUUUUCCCUUAGAGAAAAAUUAAGAACGGAUCCUGAACGUGGGCUACGUAUAAUGCAUCAACUGAUGUAUGAGAGCGACACACAAUGCCUCCAUGUUUUACGUAUGAAACAAAGAGUGUUUCUUAAGCUCUUAAAUACACUAAAGUCAUACGGUCUUAAAGACUCUCAUUGGGUAAAAGCUGAGGUUGCUUUAGGUAUGUCUCUCAAGAUUUUGGGACAUAACCCAUCACAAAGGAGCAUAGCAGCAGAGUUCCAAGUCGCACAAUGGACUGUUGCAACAAAAUUUAGUGAUGUUAUUAAUGCCCUAUGUUGCUUGCAUUCAGACAUAGUUUCAUGGAAAAGAGAAGAACUGGAUGAGACACCACCACGAAUCAUACAUGAUAAGAGGUAUUUUCCUUAUUUUGAAGAUUGUAUCGGGGCCAUAGAUGGUACUCACGUUCGUGUACGUGUUGGUGGAAAUAAAAAGAUCACAUAUUGGAACCAUCAUAAUUAUACUUCAAUGAACAUACUGGCAGUGUGUGAUUUCAAUAUGAAAUUCAUAUAUACACGUAUUGGAGUUCCGGGUCGUGCACAUGACUCAAAGAUACUGACAUAUUGUGCACGUCAUGAUAACUUUUUCCCAUUCCCAAAGUCGGGGAAAUACUUUCUAGUUGAUUCAGGCUAUCCUAACAGAAGAGGUUUCCUAGCUCCAUAUAGAGGUGAGGCCUACCAUCCAAAUCAUUUUGCUGGACGUCGACCAACCACUGUACGAGAGAUGUUUAACAACAGGCAUUCCUCUCUUCGGUCAAUAAUUGAAAGGACGUUCGGAGUGUGGAAGGGAAAGUGGUCUAUUUUAGAAGGUCGUGUUCGCUAUGACGUCGAUAUGCAAGAAAAAAUUGUUGCAGCAACUAUGGCGUUGCAUAAUUUUAUUCGAGAUUCUAAUAUAGAUGACAUCGACUUUAAUGCUGCCGACGAAACAGAGAAUUAUGAAGCUGGUCUUGAAGGAAACACAUCUCCAUCUCAUGAUGAUCAUGGAGUUGAUCGAAAUUAUGAUCCGACAGCUGAUGCGUAUAUGUCAACUAUUAGAGAUGAUAUAGCAAGAAAUAUAUGGGAUGAUCGUUAG